CGCAAAGGGUGGACACACGCGAGGAUAUAUCCACAAUGGCCACUCUCGCAGCUGCCUCACGGUGCACUGAAUGUCUGUCAGCGAACAUUAAAUACUUCUUUCCACCCUGACACGCCCCACGAUGGUCUUCGGCAGUCGAUAUCUGGCUUUGGCGCUUUCCCUCACACCUCUGGCCCGUUGUCUGCCCUUGAAUGGCGCUCCGAGCCCUCGAAACCUAGUACAACGCACCAGAUCCUACGCCGUCGUCAAUGUGGAUGGCGGGUCUACGGCCCUUGCGGAGGUAACCACCACGGCACUACUCCAUCCUACCAGCACCACGUCAACACCAGCUUCGACUACCAAGGCCUCUUCAACCUCCAUCCCAACACCAGCUGAGGAACGGCCACCGCCAAGUCCGGUAACAAAAACAUCCAAUAUUGUCACCGUCAUUGUCACCGAAACAGCCCAGCCGACGGAAUUCUACGACGACGGAAUGUGGCAUACGCGUUAUCCUGUCAAAUACUUUGGAGAUGCUGUUCCUGCUCUUACUUCCUCUUCCACUUCGAGGAAAGGGGCUGGCGUCCCCGGCCCAGUGGUGACGCCUCCACUGGUUCACUUCAACAACCAGACUGUCAGCACCACCACGAUCGGAGGAACCACAUACGUAGGGAAAGAGUAGUGUUCUCUGGCCUGCCCAAAUCGAAAGAUCAAUGACACGACUUUCACGGAGGGUAUCUAACGGAGCACGAAUUAUGAAUGGACGGCAGGGCAACCGCAUUAUUGGAUUACAUGGGCUUGGAAAUACGAUGCAUUGGGAAGGCGCUAUUAUUCUCUCCGUUCUUCGUCUUUUAUUUUUUUUCCUUUGCUACAUACGACUUUAGCUAGAGACUUGUAGUUGGUCAGUUCUAAUUGAGACUUGCUCCAUCUACCCUGACCCGGGGCUGGCAUCUUUUAUGCUCG